CCCGUCGGUAGCGUCGGUGACCACCGGCGUGCCGUCGGCGGCGGCGGCGGCGCGCGCCCGCACCAUGCAGCCCAACGGUCGGCCGGCGUCGGAGGCGCCGCGGCGGCCGACGCGCCGCGCCGUGAAGCCGCAGCCGGACCGGCCGGCGCGCGCGCUCUGCUGCCUCACACUCAGCAACCCGCUGCGGCAAGUCUGCAUCCGGGUCGUCGAGUGGAAGCCGUUCGAGCACUUGAUUCUGCUAACAAUAUUCGCCAACUGUGCGGCGUUGGCGGUCUACACGCCGUAUCCCAACGGCGACUCCAACGACACAAACUCGAUACUGGAGAGCAUCGAGUACAUUUUCCUGGUGAUCUUCACAGCCGAGUGCAUCAUGAAGAUCAUCGCGUAUGGGUUUCUUUUACAUCCAGCGGCGUAUCUACGCAAUGUCUGGAACUUAUUAGAUUUUAGCAUAGUUGUUAUAGGUUUAAUCAGCACCGCACUGUCGUCACUAAUCAAGGAAGGGUUCGACGUCAAGGCGCUCAGGGCGUUUCGCGUGUUGCGGCCACUUCGACUUGUGUCCGGAGUUCCCAGUUUGCAGGUGGUCCUCAACUCCAUUCUUCGCGCCAUGGUGCCUUUACUUCACAUCGCGCUGCUUGUGAUAUUCGUCAUCAUCAUUUACGCCAUUAUUGGUCUGGAGCUCUUCAAGGGAAAGCUGCACCAGACAUGUUUUAGCCUCGAAUCAGGUAGUAUGAUGGACGAGCCGAUGCCGUGUGGUCGAAAUGGUACCGGCUACCAGUGCCCGGAGGGGUACAACUGUACCACGCACUGGGAGGGGCCCAACUUUGGCAUCACCAACUUCGACAACUUCGGUCUGGCCAUGCUGACCGUGUUCCAGUGCAUCACCAUGGAGGGCUGGACGGACAUCCUCUACGAUAUAAACGACGCGCUCGGAAACUCGUGGCCGUGGAUCUAUUUCAUUUCGCUCAUCGUAAUGGGGUCCUUUUUCGUGCUCAACCUCGUGCUAGGUGUGCUCAGUGGAGAGUUCUCAAAGGAGAGGGAGAAGGCGAAGGCUCGCGGUGACUUUCAGAAGCUGCGAGAGAAGCAGCAACUGGAGGAGGACCUGCGCGGGUAUCUGGACUGGAUCACACAGGCCGAGUACCUCGAGCCCGAGAACGAGGGACACGCGGAGGAGACCAAACUACAUGAUGCCCUGGAGGAGGACCACCAGCAAAUAGAGGACACAGAUGCACCUGACAUGCCGCAUGUCUCCUGCUGGGAACAGCAAAGGAAGGCGCUCGAAAAGUGUAACCGGAGGAUGAAGCGUGGCUGCCGGUGGGCGGUCAAGUCGCAGGCCUUCUACUGGCUCAUCAUCAUCCUCGUGUUCCUCAACACAGGAGUGCUGGCCACUGAGCACUACCAUCAGCCGCCCUGGCUCGACCAUUUCCAGGAAGUCACAAACUUGUUUUUCAUCGUCCUGUUCACCAUAGAGAUGAUUAUCAAAAUGUAUGCACUUGGGUUCCAGAAUUAUUUUGUGUCGCUGUUCAACCGGUUCGACUGUUUCGUGGUCAUCAGCAGUAUCGUGGAGGUGGUGCUGACCAAGACGGGCGUUAUGCCACCUCUCGGUGUCUCCGUCCUCCGUUGCGUCCGGCUCCUUCGGGUGUUCAAAGUCACCAGAUACUGGCGCUCCCUCUCCAACCUGGUCGCAUCCCUCCUCAACUCCAUCCAGUCCAUCGCCUCUCUGCUGUUGCUCCUCUUCCUCUUUAUCGUCAUCUUUGCUCUCCUUGGGAUGCAGGUUUUCGGAGGCAAGUUUAAUUUUGACUCGACGGACGCCAAACCGCGCAGCAACUUCGAUACAUUUGUACAGAGUUUGUUGACAGUAUUCCAGAUUCUCACCGGUGAGGACUGGAACAUGGUCAUGUACCACGGCAUCCAGGCGUACGGCGGGGUCGGAGGAUUCGGCGCGCUGGCCUGCGUCUACUUCAUCAUCCUCUUCAUCUGCGGAAACUACAUUCUGUUGAACGUCUUCCUGGCCAUCGCGGUGGAUAAUCUGGCGGACGCCGAGUCGCUGACGGCGAUAGAAAAAGAGGAGGAGGAGGAGGCGCAGAUAGCCAAGUCACGGUCUCGCAGCGGCUCCCCUAAAAAGGAGGAGAUUAUCGAAGACGGUGUCGUGAGCUCCUCCGAGAAAACGUCUCAGUACGGAUCACAAAAGCUUGGCGCCGACCUCAACCAUAUCGGCGUGGAGCUGCGGUCCAGUCGAUGUAGCGUGACAGCCGCCCACCACGAGACGCUCGAGGAACCCAGCUACGACGACUAUGAGAGCGGUAAGUAAUAUGGAAUACGGUGCCGGCAGUUAGAGUGUUAGACAGUCUCAGCAUCGCAACUAAACGUUGCGU